AUGGCUGUGCCCAGUACGACAGAGAAAAUAUAUAACUAUGUGGAUUUGGAUGAAAUCUGGAAAGUUCAUGUGAAGAUUGAGAAAGAAUCAGCAAAGGCCUGGCCAAAUAAAUGGGGUUUUCUGAUGGAAUCGUACAAUGAGACGCUACAGAAAAGUGGCAAAGUAGAGGAGUCUAUGGCCAAGCUGGAGCUUCCAAAACAUCUGAAAACUCGCCCUCCGACUCCGCCCGAGAAAUACAUCAAGGUGGGGCCUUCACCUCCUGUGCCUAAAACAACACAGGCUCUGAUUGGCUGGCGCUCUGCGGUGCCAGAGCUGCAACUGGAGCGCUUCGGGAAGGUGAACUGUGGGAAGAAGAGUUUUCUGAAAGAACUGGGCUGGGCGUUUGAUGCCUGCAGUUGA